AUGCCGAUUUUACCAAAGGAGGAAUCGGAGGGUGUCCGUACCCGAAGUCAACGCCAGCAGGAGACGGACCAGAGGAGAUUUGGUGGUGCAACGCCGCAGACGUCGGAGGGCCAACGGCCAGCCACGGAGGCUGCGGGCCCGUCAGUAACUCCUACACCUGCAGCACCUGACUUAGGUGCUCUGAUGGCGAUGCUACAGGAGCAGCUGCAGCGCGGACGAGAGGAACAGGCCCGUCUGUUGAAAAAGCAGCAGGAAGAACAGGCUCGCCGACAAGAGGAACAGAUCCGUCAGUUGAAAGAACAGCUGCAGAGCGGACAGGAUGAACAGGCCCGCCGACAGGAGGAACAGAUGCUUUUCAUGAAGGACCUUCAUGCUACCUUCGGGAAAGAGAUAAGGGAGAUGAAGGAUAAGAAUGCUCAACAUGAAAACCGCCUGUCGGAAGCUGAAACCCGAAUUGACCAAGUGAACAAUCGGGUUGACAACGUAAUGGCUGACAUGAGGAAAUCACUUGACGAACUCAAACUUGGGGAGGGAACUACAGCUCCCGUAGUAGCUACUACACCUUCGCUACGUGGGUUCAAGGUGCCACCAUUCGACGGGACUUCUUCCUGGUCAGCCUACAAAAUCCAGUUCGAAGCUGUUAUGAAGGCGAACGGCUGGAAUAAAAAUCAGGCCAUGACUGCUCUCACACUAGGCCUGCGUGACCAGGCCUUAACAGUUCUGGAAGCUCUCGAUGAGGAAGUGACUUAUGAGCAACUCCUUGAGGCAUUGGAGGCGAGAUAUGGCGACGCUCACCUGGAACACGUCUUUCGUGCGCAGCUUAAAAAUCGUGUGCAGCGCAUCAACGAAAACCUGUAG